CGCGCCGGUUUGGGGUGGCGGGGACUUCGGCUGGCGGCCGGGACGGCGGGUGUGGGGAGCGGAGCGCGCGCGAUGCCUCACUUCACCGUGGUGCCGGUGGCCGGGCCGCGGCGCGGCGACUAUGACAACCUCGAGGGGCUCAGCUGGGUGGACUACGGGGAGCACGCCGAGCGGGAUGAGUCGGACGGACAGGGUAACCACAGAGAAAACAGCCCUUUUCUUUGCCCCUUGGAGGCUUCUAGAGGAAGUGACUACUAUGAUAGGAACCUGGCACUGUUUGAGGAGGAGCUGGACAUCCGCCCAAAGGUAUCAUCUCUCCUGGGCAAACUCGUCAGCUACACCAACCUCACCCAAGGUGCCAAGGAGCAUGAAGAGGCUGAGAGUGGCGAAGGCACCCGUCGGAGAGCAGCCAAGGCACCCAGCAUGGGCACUCUCAUGGGGGUGUACCUGCCCUGCUUGCAGAAUAUCUUUGGAGUCAUCCUCUUCCUGCGGCUAACCUGGAUGGUGGGCAUGGCUGGAGUGCUGCAGGCCCUCCUCAUCGUGCUCAUCUGCUGCUGCUGUACCCUGCUGACAGCCAUCUCCAUGAGUGCCAUUGCCACCAAUGGUGUGGUUCCAGCUGGUGGCUCCUAUUUCAUGAUCUCCCGCUCACUGGGGCCGGAAUUUGGAGGUGCUGUGGGCCUGUGCUUCUACCUGGGAACAACAUUUGCAGCAGCCAUGUACAUCCUGGGGGCCAUUGAGAUCUUGCUGACCUACAUUGCCCCGCCAGCUGCUAUAUUUUACCCUGAGGGUGCUCAUGACACAUCAAGUGCCACCUUGAACAAUAUGCGUGUGUAUGGGACCAUUUUUCUGACUUUUAUGACCCUGGUGGUGUUUGUUGGUGUCAAGUACGUGAACAAAUUUGCUUCACUCUUCUUGGCCUGUGUGAUCAUCUCCAUCCUUUCCAUCUAUGCUGGAGGCAUCAAGUCUAUUUUUGACCCUCCUGUGUUUCCGGUAUGCAUGCUAGGCAACAGGACCCUCUCCCAGGACCAAUUUGAUGUCUGUGCCAAGACAACUGUGGUGGACAAUGAGACGGUGGCCACCCAGCUGUGGAGUUUAUUCUGCCACAGCCCCAACCUUACCACUGACUCCUGUGACCCCUACUUCCUGCUCAACAAUGUGACUGAGAUCCCCGGCAUCCCUGGGGCGGCUGCUGGCGUGCUCCAGGAAAACCUGUGGAGUGCCUACCUGGAGAAGGGCGAGGUUGUAGAGAAGCGUGGGCUGCCCUCCACAGACACUCUUGGCCUGAAGGACAAUCUGCCCCUGUACGUGGUGGCUGACAUCACCACAUCCUUCACGGUGUUGGUUGGCAUUUUCUUCCCAUCUGUAACAGGCAUCAUGGCUGGCUCCAAUCGCUCCGGGGAUCUCCGUGAUGCCCAGAAGUCCAUCCCAGUGGGGACCAUUCUAGCCAUUGUUACAACCUCACUUGUGUACUUCAGCAGUGUGGUUCUCUUUGGUGCCUGCAUCGAGGGUGUGGUGCUCCGGGACAAGUAUGGGGAUGGUGUCAGCAGGAACCUUGUGGUGGGCACACUGGCCUGGCCUUCACCCUGGGUCAUCGUGAUUGGCUCCUUCUUCUCAACAUGUGGUGCUGGCCUCCAAAGCCUCACUGGGGCACCGCGCCUGUUGCAAGCCAUCGCCAAGGACAACAUCAUUCCCUUCCUGCGGGUAUUUGGCCACGGGAAGGCAAAUGGCGAGCCAACGUGGGCUCUCCUCCUGACUGCACUCAUCGCUGAGCUGGGCAUCCUUAUUGCUUCCCUCGACAUGGUGGCCCCCAUUCUAUCCAUGUUCUUUCUGAUGUGUUACCUCUUUGUGAACCUGGCCUGUGCUGUGCAGACACUCCUGAGGACCCCAAACUGGCGGCCUCGGUUCAAAUAUUAUCACUGGGCGCUCUCCUUCCUGGGCAUGAGCCUUUGCCUGGCCCUUAUGUUCAUGUCCUCCUGGUACUAUGCUCUCGUUGCCAUGCUCAUUGCAGGCAUGAUCUACAAGUACAUCGAGUACCAAGGGGCUGAGAAGGAGUGGGGUGACGGUAUCCGAGGGCUGUCGCUGAGUGCUGCCCGCUAUGCGCUGUUACGGCUGGAGGAGGGGCCUCCUCACACCAAGAACUGGAGGCCUCAGCUGUUGGUACUGCUGAAGCUCGAUGAAGAUCUGCACGUGAAGUACCCACGGCUCCUCACCUUUGCCUCCCAGCUUAAGGCCGGCAAGGGCCUAACAAUUGUUGGCUCCGUCAUCCAGGGCAGUUUCUUGGAGAGCUAUGGCGAGGCCCAAGCUGCUGAGCAGACAAUCAAGAACAUGAUGGAGAUUGAGAAAGUGAAAGGCUUCUGCCAGGUAGUGGUGGCCAGCAAGGUGCGUGAGGGACUGGCUCACCUCAUCCAGUCUUGCGGCCUAGGCGGCAUGCGGCAUAACUCCGUGGUGCUGGGCUGGCCUUAUGGCUGGCGACAGAGUGAGGACCCCCGUGCCUGGAAAACCUUCAUUGACACUGUGCGUUGCACGACAGCUGCCCAUCUGGCCCUCCUUGUGCCCAAGAACAUCGCCUUCUACCCCAGCAACCAUGAGCGCUACCUGGAGGGCCACAUCGAUGUGUGGUGGAUCGUGCAUGAUGGUGGCAUGCUGAUGCUUUUGCCCUUCCUCUUGCGCCAGCAUAAGGUUUGGAGGAAGUGCCGAAUGCGCAUCUUCACAGUGGCCCAGAUGGAUGACAACAGCAUUCAGAUGAAGAAGGAUCUGGCCAUCUUCCUCUACCACCUCCGCCUUGAGGCUGAGGUGGAGGUAGUGGAGAUGCAUAACAGUGACAUCUCUGCCUACACCUAUGAGCGCACCCUGAUGAUGGAACAGCGGUCCCAGAUGCUGCGGCAGAUGCGGCUGACCAAGACCGAGCGGGAUCGAGAGGCACAGCUUGUCAAGGAUAGGCACUCGGCUCUGCGUCUGGAAAGCCUGUACUCAGAUGAAGAGGACGAGUCAGCAGCAGGGGCUGACAAGAUCCAGAUGACAUGGACCCGGGACAAGCACAUGACUGAGCCCUGGGACCCCAGCCAUGCUCCUGACAACUUCCGGGAGCUGGUGCACAUUAAGCCGGACCAGUCCAAUGUGCGACGCAUGCACACUGCUGUAAAGCUCAAUGAAGUCAUUGUCACACGCUCCCAUGAUGCCCGCCUGGUCCUACUGAACAUGCCUGGCCCACCCAAAAACAGCGAGGGUGAUGAGAAUUACAUGGAGUUCCUUGAGGUGCUGACUGAGGGCCUUGAGCGGGUGUUGUUGGUGCGUGGUGGUGGCCGAGAAGUCAUCACCAUCUACUCCUGAGCCCAGUAUGGUCUCGUGACCUGGAGUCGGGGUGUCCAGGGCAAUAGCCCUCUUCCCCCUAUCACCUACUUGCCAGCUCUGCUUUGCCCAGCGUUUCCUUGGACCAGCUUUGCUAGGUCUCCUGGAAAACCAGGCCUGGGCCUGGCAAUGGAGAUGGAUUACAGGUCCUAUAGGACCCUGGGAGGUUUGGGGACUUACCCCUCCAGUACCCCAGUAUACCUACCCUGCUAGAGAAGUCUGGUAGGAACUCACAUGGAGUUUGAAGGCCCAGCCCGCCCCCAGGACACUAUUUAUUGUAUAUUUAUUGUUUGUAUGUCACCAUCAGAGAGGAGGGAAAGGCAGCAAGGGCGGGGAUCAAGUCCAGCCUGCCUGCAGGAAGACCUGGCUCAGGCCACUGUGGGCAGGGACUCCCACCAAGCCAAGCAGAAUGGAGCUGGCUGAGCUGAGACCUGACUUUUUUCAAUAAAACAUUGUGUACUUCUGGGC